GAGGGGGGAGGAGCAGCGAGAUGAUUCCUCUCUAAUCCUCUAGACACACGCGCGGUCUGGCUGCCUCCUGGCUCAGAGAGGAAGAGGGAGACGGAGGCAGGUGAAGGCAAACGGAGAGAAACCAAGAGGGAAAAGGGGGGAGAAAAAACAAGAUGAAGGGAAGAGAAGAAAUGAGAGCUACCUCCCUGCAUACAGCACGCUGAGACAGGGAAGAGCCACUGUGAAAGCUCGAGAGACAUGCAAGUCUCUGAGUGUGAGGAAGGAGCCUGAGGAACAACACGAUGCGUUGAUCCUGCUGUUCCUGAAUCAAACCAGGAGAGUACGAAGGCGCAACAGGAGGUGGGGUGGGGGGGCAGAAGGAAUCCCUUGAAAAAAAGAGCAGAUUAAGAGAAGCCUAGAGUGGAAAAGGAGAAGCGAUGAAGAGAAUGGAGGAGAGAAGUACGAGCAAAGAAGGAGACCCUUUCAAAGUCCAGCUCACAUGAGCUCAUGGACCUGAGCCUGAACAAACUUACUAUGAGAUGCUGUCAAAGAACAAGCGUGAAAGGGCGGAGUGUUGCUGAUGGAUGUCUGCCUGCACACACUGCUGCUCCUUAAAACCCAGCAGGAGUAGAUGAGAGCUGGGUUUUCCUCUAAUCAAGGUGUGUGUGAGAGAACAUAUGGCAAAGCAGAUGUUUGGGAAGUAAACGGAGACCAGGAGUCACCAGAGGAGAAACAACGAAAAAAGGGGGAAGACACACUCACGUGUAAGUGAGUUGGCAGAGGAUUACACAGAUAUUAGGACUGUGUGUGCGUGCAGCUUGCACAGUCCAACCAUCCAAGAGCUGGGUGAGCUCUGUGAGAGUGUGUUUGAAGAAAAAAACGCAGGACACAGUGAUAUGUCGCUGAGAUUUUUCAGACUCCAUUACACCUGGAGAGCCACCUGAAGCCCCUAUCUACCUCAUCUCUGCACAACAAGUGGACUUUGAGCACUUUAUCACCAGCGCUGGUUAUUCUCCUGUUGGCUGGAAAGCCCACUGGGGUGCCACUCCUGAUUUCCUUGGCCCAGUGGAUGCCUGCUAGCAAUAACCAUGGGAGAAUGGACCAUCCUAGAGCGCCUCCUGGAGGCUGCUGUGCAGCAGCACUCUACCAUGAUUGGAAGGAUCUUGCUGACCGUUGUGGUGAUCUUCCGUAUCCUGAUCGUGGCCAUUGUUGGAGAGACGGUGUACGAGGAUGAGCAGACUAUGUUUAUAUGUAACACCCUGCAGCCGGGCUGCAACCAAGCCUGCUAUGACAAAGCCUUCCCAAUCUCACAUAUCCGCUACUGGGUCUUCCAGAUCAUACUGGUAUGCACUCCCAGUCUGUGCUUCAUCACCUACUCUGUCCACCAGUCGGCCAAGCAGAGAGACCGACGUUACUCUUUCCUCUAUCCCAUAAUGGAGAAGGACUAUGGAGGACGCGACGGGGCGAGAAAGCUUCGUAACAUAAAUGGAAUUCUAGUCCAGCAUGGUGGAGAUGGUGGGGGAGGGAAGGAUGAACCUGACUGCUUGGAGGUGAAGGAGAUUCCCAAUGCCCCUCGGGGUCUCACCCAUGGGAAGAGCUCCAAGGUUCGGCGACAGGAAGGAAUCUCACGCUUUUACAUUAUUCAAGUGGUGUUUCGAAACGCAUUGGAAAUCGGCUUCCUGGCGGGCCAGUACUUCCUGUAUGGUUUCAGCGUGCCUGGGAUUUUUGAGUGUGACCGCUACCCCUGCCUCAAGGAGGUGGAGUGCUACGUGUCAAGGCCCACAGAAAAGACGGUAUUCCUGGUGUUCAUGUUUGCCGUGAGUGGCAUCUGUGUGGUGCUCAAUCUGGCCGAGCUCAACCACCUGGGCUGGCGCAAGAUCAAAGCCGCCAUAAGGGGAGUCCAGGCCCGCAGGAAGUCUAUCUGCGAGAUCCGGAAGAAGGACAUGGCGCAUCUGUCUCAGCCGCCCAACCUGGGACGCACUCAGUCCAGUGAAUCCGCCUACGUCUGACAAAAACAUUGAAAACAGAAAGAAAAGGAAGGAGGGAGUGGGAUGAAUGCAUGAUAGGGAAAUGGAUAAGGCAUUUGAGGUCAAACAAGACAAUCUCUCUUCUGGUACGAUGGAAGAAAACAAAAUGUAAAAUGACCGACAAUCUGGCUUGGCAGCUUUGAAGAACAAUGGAAGGAGGCAGAGGAUGGAGAAUGUGAUAAAAUCUAAACUAGGAAAAAAAAUAAUUCUCUGCAGAAUGGACUUAUUCAACACAGUGGUCUCACAAGAAGACAUUCCUGCCAUUUUAUGUCUGUCUUUUUAAUUAAUUACCUUCUAUUCUCUGUAAUGGGAAAAAUCAAACGCACAUGGAAGAACAAAAUAAAGAGGCAAAAGAAGAAGGUGAUGGUGUUCUCUUGGGAAAUUGAAAGAUGACCAAGGCGUGUAAUGCAUCUGAUGGUGCUUUUCAUCUGGACUUUAUCAACUUCCCUUAAGA